AUGUCAAAAACCGAUGAUCUUUUUUGUCUUGAGGACGACGAUGACAAUUAUGUUCCUUAUAUACCGAUCAAACAAAGACGUGAAGCUAAAUUUCAGAAGCUUGUAAGCCAAAGACGCCUUCCCGAACAGCAAAAUAUAGUUGAAGUAGAUGAAGAGGUCGAAGACUCUCACAAAGCUGGUCCCAAAGCUAACGUGAGUUUGAUUGAUCAAGCAGUAGAAGUCAAAAAGCAAAAAAUGUUGGAAGAUGCCGUAAAGACUGAAGCAGAAAAGAAACUCGAAGAGGAAAAGGCUAUAAUGGAUGCUGUUGCUCAGAAAAAGCUUUUAGCAUCUGAUCGAGAACUUGCAAAAGGCAUUAUUUACACAGAUUCUAUGACAACUACGUGGAGACCACCUCGUCAUAUCCUUGAAGCCCCUCAAAAAGAACAUGGAGCCAUAAGACAGAGAUAUCAUAUUCUUGUUGAAGGUGAAGAUAUCCCGCCACCAAUAAAGCAUUUUAGGGACAUGAAAUUCCCACCGUCAAUAUUGAAAUACUUAAAAUCUAAAGGUAUCAACAGACCUACGCCAAUUCAGGUUCAAGGCCUUCCAGUGGUAUUGUCUGGCCGAGACAUGAUCGGAAUUGCAUUUACAGGGUCUGGAAAAACCUUGGCUUUUUCGUUACCAUUGGUCAUGUUUGCUUUGGAAGAAGAAGUGAAACUUCCAUUAAUUAGGGGAGAAGGUCCUAUAGGAAUGAUCGUGUGUCCUUCGCGUGAAUUGGCACGACAAACAUAUGAAAGUAUUUGCGCCAUGAACGAGUUCUUAAUUAUGGAUGGAUAUUCAAAGUUACGAAUUCUUUUAUGUAUUGGCGGUAUAUCGAUGGCAGAUCAAUGGAAUACAUUAUCAGAAGGGAUUCAUAUUGUCGUUGCAACUCCCGAUCGUAUGAUUGAUAUGGGAUUUGAAGAUGAUGUUAGAAAUAUAAUGUCAUAUUUCACGAAUCAACGCCAAACUUUGCUGUAUUCAGCCACUAUGCCCAAGAAAAUUCAAGACUUUGCAAGAUCUGCAUUAGUUAAACCGGUGAUUGUAAAUGUUGGUCGUGCAGGUGCUGCCAAUUUGGAUGUUAUUCAAGAAGUGGAAUAUGUAAAACAAGAAUCCAAGAUUGUGUAUUUAUUGGAAUGUUUACAGAAAACUCCACCUCCCGUGUUAAUAUUUGCAGAGAAUAAGAAUGAUGUAGAUGAUAUUCAUGAGUACCUUCUCGUUAAGGGAGUUGAAGCUGUUGCGAUCCAUGGAGGGAAAAGUCAAGAUGAACGUGAAUUCGCAAUCCGGUCAUUCAAAGAAUACAAGAAAGAUGUUCUAGUUGCCUCUGAUGUAGCUUCCAAAGGGCUAGAUUUUCCAGAUAUUCAACAUGUCAUAAAUUAUGAUAUGCCAAAAGAAAUCGAAAAUUAUGGCAAAAUUGGUCGUACUGGACGUUCUGGGAAAACCGGUGUAGCAACUACAUUUAUUAACAUGACUUGUUCUGAACAAAUUUUGCUCGAUUUGAAACAUUUACUCAAGGAGGCCAAACAGCGCGUUCCUCCCGUAUUAGAAGCUUUAAGGGAUCCAUUGGAAGAAGAGUACAAAGAAUUAUCGGGAGGUUGUACGUUUUGUGGUGGUCUUGGUCAUCGUAUCUCUGAAUGCCCCAAGUUAGACGCUCAAAGACGACAACAAAUUGGAAUUAUUAGCC